AUUGUCUUCCAAAUUUUCUCUUUAAUUUUCCUUAUUUUGGAUCAUUAUUUGGAUCAAUCUUAGGAGUCGAUACAUGUGCCAAGAUAGUUUGUUAAUGAUGGGUUUCAUUGAUAGUUUGAGUUCUUGACAACAUGUAUAGCAUGUUAAAGAGUUUAUCUGCGUAUUAAAUUUGGUAUGUUGAGAUAAAAUGAACAUGAGAAUCUAUAAGCAACUGCUUCAUUUGUUUGUGGGUUAUAUUCCUGGUAUUUUAUACAUGCAUGCAUACAUAUACUGAUAUACACAUCCAUGUUCAUGCAACAAAGCUUUUUGGCUGAUUAGAGCAAAGUCCACGGUCCACCCGCCUUGGUCAAUGUAUAGAGUUAAAAGAUUUCCUGUUGACUCCCUAACCCAGAUAGGUGAAGUGGGAUUCAAGAAUUGGGAAAUAUGGGACUUAGAUGGGUUCUUUUUCUUGUAAAUCAAAUGUUUGGAGAAAGUUUAUGUUUUGACUAAUGUAGUACCUCAAUUAUGUUUGUGGAAAACGUGCAGGUUGGUUUAAUUUGAGGUCAAAGUGGCUAUCCAAUCUAUCCAGUAAAGUUUGGAAUAGGAGCCUUGUUUGGUGAAGAAUAGUGAUAUACUGAGCAAUGGCACCCAAGGUUUCAGCUCAGAAAGCAGCUGAGAUUGCAAUUGAGUCAAUUGGGCGUGGAUAUAAUCUAGCUCUUGACUUAAGGUUGAAAUAUUGUCAGGGAGAUGCAAAGGAUUCGUCCUUGAUUGAGUUUGGCGAAGUUGGGUGUUAUGAUGUAGCUCUACCCGGUGGAAUUUCUGUCUCAAAUGUUUCCAAAUUGAUUAAAUGUAAUCAAGGCAAGGGCAUGAGGAACAGUUCUGAUGUUAUCUCUUUUCAGCAGAUGUCAGAAAAGUUUAACCAUGAAAUGUCUCUGAGUGGCAAAAUUCCUUCUGGUUCUUUCAAUGCCAUGUUUGACUUCUCAGGCCGCUGGCAGAAAGAUGCUGUCAACACUAAGACCCUAGCUUUUGAUGGGAUGUUCAUCACCCUUUAUACAGUUUCACUGGAGGAAUCACAAAUGGUACUCCAUGAUCAUGUUAAGAAAGCUGUUCCAUCAUCGUGGGAACCUGCUGCCUUAGCUAGAUUCAUCAGGACAUUUGGAACUCAUAUUAUAGUUGGUGUGAAGAUGGGCGGAAAGGAUGUAAUAUAUGUAAAACAGCAGCAUUCAUCAAUUGUUAGACCUGCUGAUGUACAUGCAAAAUUGAAGAAGAUGGCUGAUGAGAAGUUUUUAGAGAACAAUGGACAAAAUAGGAUCGGUUCAAAACAAGUGAAGCUAAAUAAUGAGGAUAUCUCAGUAAUUUACAAAAGGAGUGGUGGAAAAGAGGAAAUGAACUUAUCCCAUGCUGAGUGGCUACAAACUGUUCAGGUUCAGCCUGAUGUGGUCUCAAUGUCCUUCAUUCCAAUUACCUCUUUGUUAAGUGGAGUUCCAAUGAGCGGAUUCUUGAACCAUGCCAUAAAUCUCUAUUUGCGAUAUAAACCCCCGCUUGAAGAACUACAUAUGUUUUUGGAAUUUCAGCUCCCAAGGCAGUGGGCACCAGUUUUCAAAGAGUUUCCCCGUGGUUCACAAUACAAGCGACAGAGCAAUUCGUUUUUACAGUUCAAGUUCUUGGGUCCCAAGCUUUAUGUUAACACCAUUCCAGUUGAUGUGGGUAUGAGACCAGUUACGGGCCUCCGGCUCUAUCUGGAGGGUAAAAGAAGCAAUCGCUUGGCUAUCUACAUGCAGCACCUUUCUUCUCUACCGACCUACUUUCGACUUGUGGAUGAACCUGAUGAUCGGUUUCCUGAAGAGUCCUAUGACACAAGAUACUUUGAAAAAGUUCGAUGGAAGAACUUCUCCAGAGUUUGCACGGCUCCUGUAGAGUCUUACAACGAUCAUUCCAUAGUAACUGGAGCUCAGCUACAGGUUGAGAAAUAUGGAUUCAAAAAAGUUCUUUUUUUACGACUUCAUUUCUCAACUGUUUUGGGAGCUAUAAUUGUAAGGCAUUCAGAGUGGGAUGGAUCAUUUGGAUUUGCACCUCAGUCGGGAGUCAUAUCUGAUCUUUUGAGUAGGCAUUUAACACCAACUCCACCACAAUCUAAGCCACAUACAAGCUCAUCAGUUUACCCUGGUGGUCCUCCAAUGCCUAAUUAUACCCCAAAACUAUUGAAAUUUGUUGAUACAGCUGAGAUGAAAAGAGGGCCACAAAAUCCUCCUGGAUACUGGGUUGUUUCUGGGGCAAGACUAGUUGUUGAGGAAGGCAAGAUUGCUCUACGGCUCAAGUAUUCCUUACUGACUGCAAUCUUACCUGAUGAGGAGAAUUAGCACAUUUUAUUUGGUUUUUGGUUAAAAGAUAUUAGAGUGAUGAGGGUCGAUUUAGGCCACGAAGUUUCAUUAGGGAGGGAGAAUAUUUGGAGUUUGGAAAGUUGUGCUUUUGAAAGCCCUGGCUACCAUGUUGAGGGGGACAGCAGAACUCAUUGGGAUCAAAGUUUCAAAGAUUGGCUGUCUGAUGGAGGGAUGGGAAAGAUAUUACUCGCUGAGUUCAGUAUGGAGAUCAAUGUUAAUGAUUUUGCUGAGUCUUCAAGAACAGGGCGUGCUCGUAGCAGAGAAUUUAAUUGACUGUUUUUAGCACUAUAAAUUACAGUAUUGGAAAAAAAAAAAAAACCACUUACAAGUACCUGUGCCAUUUCAUCAUUUCAUAUAGUUCCAAGUUCAUAUACUUCAGUUGUCGGAUGUCAUUGACUUGUUAAUUUAUUUAUUUAUUUUUAUUUGAAAAAUGGAGAAUUCGAACUUGUUCUUUGAGACAGAUAUAAUACACCAAUUAUCAUAAAUGAUUGGAUUUGGCUGGUGAAUUUAUAAAGGGAAGUUUUGAAAGAGGUGCUGCUUUUAGUGUGGUUGAAUUGUCAUACUUAACUAGUGAUAAACUGAUCCUGACUGCAGCUUUACGAUGGAAAGGUAUACCAAUUGAAGAAUCACGUUGUGUGUGUGUGGGAUGACAUGUGAAACUCUGCAGCAUAUCUUUUUUGAAUGUGAGUUCAGUAAGGCAGUGUGGGGGGGGGAAUAUGAUUCCCUUCUGUUGAAUCACGGUCAGCAUUAUCUACAGAUUUUUGUGAGAUCUUUUGUAUUCAGGCCAAUAAUACUGUAGAGGAGAUUAGAGCUUUGCAUGUACACAUUUUGGCUGAAAUUUUCAUGACCAUGUUUGCAGGAUUCCACGGACUGUUGUCAAAGCUGCUGAUAGAAUGGUUUCAGGAUUUCCAGUCGGUUAUUAAUGGAGUCAUGCAACGUCAUUAUAUAUGUUACUGUAGUAGUAAAUAAAGUCAAAAACAGCUUUUUCCUGGAACAGCCUAAGUGGUUCAAUUUGUUCCCCUAGGCUCCAUGAACAAGGAAAAUUCUCAAUUUAAAAAAUGGAAUCCUUUAGCCAUGGAAAUUGGAUGGAAACUUGAUUACAUUGCACCAAAACACAAGAAAUCUAUUAUUAUAUACUAUAAAGCAUAUAAAGAAAAAAAAAUCAAACUCACGAUGCCAAUCUUUUGCAGACAUUUUGGACUUUAGACAGCUGCCAGACAGGUAUGUAAGUGUGGUGUCUUCAUUGGUAGUUGAAUUGCUGUCGACAUUUAUACCAUGUUGAAGAAUUUAUCUACUUAAUAGAUUUGGUAUGUUGAUAUGAAAUGAAGAUGAUGAGUCUGUAUCUAGAACCAUCUGCUUCAUUCCUCAAAAUAGCAGAAAGAUUAGGCUAAUUUCAGACUCCUAAUUAAAGAAAGCAACUAAAUUUUGAUAGGUUAUGGAAAUGUUUUGUAUGCAUGCAUGCAUAUGCA